ACGUAUUUACGUCUAGGGAAGUGCCCUAUCAAUCUAUUCUCUUCACCUCCUCAGAAGUCCGACAUGAAUAGUAUCCCUCUUUUAGUUCACGGUAGCAACGAAGUUACCACUGUCCACAAAAUUAUUGAAUACCUUCGAAAAGAGGCAAGCAAGUAUGAACUUUCUGAUGAGGAAUUGGCUCGGUUAGAUUCCCUAGUGACAUCUCUGGAAAGGCGCAUAACUCCAGCAUUCCGUUGGCUUCUUUGGGCUGAUACUAAUGUAUAUAAUUCGUAUACUUCCCUUCUCUACCGUUCAAAGUUACCUUAUUUUUACGGGCUCUGGUUAUUGAGGUGUUGGAGGAAACGGAUUAUCGAGAACACAGAAUUUUCUCAGCUAUCGCUUUGCUCGAAAUCCAAUUCAAAAAAUCGGUAUAAAGAGCUCUUCGAGGGCGCUCGAAGAUGUCUCACUGCCUUAUCCUACGUGCUUGGGAAGAAGCCAUUCUUUUUUGGUGAGCGUCCAUCGGCCAUCGACGCGUAUGUAUUUGGUCGACUGUGGCCCCUCUUGAACUACGAUCGGCUUUGUCGAAAACAGAAUUCAAAUAUCCAUCGGUUGAUUUCGCACGUCUAUCAAUGCGAAAAUCUCUUCUUGCUCUGUCGACGCGUCCAGCGCCUCUGCUUCCCAUCCGGGGCUGAUUCUUUCCUGACCUGUGAGUGCCUCCCCUAUUCUAAUUUCUUCUACUUAAAGCAAAAUACACCCGCUUCUGAUCUUCGUGAAGUUCAAGCGACAGAUAAGGCCGGUGGGUGGUUCUCCUCCCUCUUUAAGUUCUCCUCGUCCGCUGUUGUGCCGUCCUCGCUGCUGCCCCUGCGCGACGGACUGGUGUUUUGUGCGCUCGUCUUGGCGGUGUCCACGGUGUUUGCCGUCGGCUCGGGGAUUAUCGGCUUCGAAGAGGAGAUGGCAGACGGCGCAAGCGGACCGACAGCAACUGCCUUUGAAGACUUCGUCGACAUCGACGGUGAAGAUGCCGAUUAG